AUGCACACGGCCUCGGUCAACUAUGACAGUGACACGGCCAGUGAGGACCGAUCCACCACCCAACUAGAACCUCCCAAGGUCAAAAUCCACGCCAACUUCCAAAUUGCCCGACCACCUCCCGGCCCAGGCCCCAAAUCCUCCGCCCUCCGACUCUCACCCAAACUCGUCCUCCAAAUCCAACAACUCAUCCCCCGUCAUCGCCCCAUUCCUGUGCUGGAAAUCUGGCAACCUCCCUUACGCAAGUCCAAUCUCACCCGGGACUUUGCCCAGCGACCAAAGAUGCGCUCGGGGGAUAUCUACGCCACCCUGGACGAACCAUACAUCUGCUCCCGCGUGGCCUUGGCACAGCAAGAGAGGUCGCCGCGAGGGAGCCCACCAUUAAAUCACGCAGAUGAGGAGCGAUCCGCCAAUCCCAAGCGGGACAUCGUGGCGGCCCUUUGCCAAGAUUCCGCGUCGGGAGGGAAAGAGAAGGAAAAGGAUGCAGCCAAGACGGGGCGCAUCCAUUUCCGCGAGACUCAAUGUAGUUGGCAGGCGAGCGUGGGCAUCACGGGCCCGGACAAGCGGCCAUGUUACCGAUUCACCAUCCUCGAGGAGACGAGGGGCCAGUCGAGCGUGGCGGCGUCCGGGCCAAUCUUUCUGCAGUGGGAGAAACGGGACGUGGCGGGGAAGAAUGGUAUGGGCGCGGUGCAGAGCACGGACGGGGAGCAAUUUGUGCUGUUGGUGAUUGAUCGCGCGGCGCAGCGGAAGAGUCGCGUUGCGACGAUGACUCCGGCGGGGUUGGAGAUUACGGUUCGUAAGACGUCCACGCUGGAGUGUUUGCGGAGUUGUUGGGACUUGCUUCAACCUAUAUCGGGGCCUGCGGGCAGAAGGGACGAUCCGGAUGCCCCGUCGGACCUGGAGAGGUGGCUGUAUACGCAAGUUCUUACGUUAGGGGGAUGGGUUGCUCAGCAAGAAGGGUGGCUCCAUUGA